AUGCUCGCUAUGACGCACGUCUGUUGGUAGUAAAGGAAAAAGGAGAACCAGUCCAGUUAACCUGACCUGCCGUCUCUGUCUACAUAAAAUUCGCGUUUGCUUUACAAAAUGUUUCGCCGAUAUAUACACACGGAUUUAAGUUAACAACCAAACAUGUCGGUUUGUUCGUCGUCAGCCCGCGAAUAUAUUCAGCUGGUAAAACUGACCUAGGAACCGCGGUAAAGAAUGCCUUUGUUGCUACGCUAGCUAGCUGGACUUAGCUUCAGGAUGGACAGCUGAGUGCUAUCAGGAGUAACAAAUAAAUGUCCUGUAAAUGAAUCUUGAGAAUACCGUCUCCUGAGUGUAAAGGGGGGGUUUGGGUGCCUUUUUUGCUACCUCCGAACCGCGUAGACGAUGAAGAACUGCGAGUACCAGCAGAUCGACCCACGGGCGCUCUCCGUUUCGCCGCUGUCGGCUCAAAACCCCGCCGAGAAGAAGGUGCAGCGCCCGCGGAGAAAAUGGGAAGCUUUCCCGGGGAAAAACAGAUUUUUCUGCGACGGACGGCUCAUCCUGGCCAGACAGAACGGCGUCCUUCCUCUAACACUAGGCCUUAUUGUUGUCACUAGUGGCCUUUUCUUUGCUUUCGAUUGCCCCUUCCUGGUGGAGCAUCUGACCGUCUGUAUACCUGUGAUAGGAGGGGUGCUCUUCUUGUUUGUGGUCGCCUCCUUGCUAAGAACCAGCUUUACAGAUCCAGGCAUUUUACCCAGAGCCACGGCAGACGAAGCCGCAGACAUAGAGAGGCAGAUAGAUACCUCAGGAUCCUCAACAUAUCGCCCGCCUCCUCGAACCAAGGAGAUCCUCAUCAACCAGCAGGUGGUAAAGCUCAAGUACUGCUUCACUUGCAAGAUGUUCCGGCCUCCACGGACCUCCCACUGCAGUCUGUGUGACAACUGUGUUGAGCGAUUUGAUCACCACUGCCCAUGGGUGGGGAACUGUGUCGGGAAACGCAACUACCGCUAUUUCUACAGCUUCAUCAUCUCUCUGUCUUUCCUGACAUCUUUUAUAUUUGCCUGCGUCAUCACACAUAUCACCCUCCGUUCUCAAGCAAAGAAAGGCAUCGUUCAAGCCGUUCAGGAGAGUCCUGCAAGUGUGGUGGAAUUGGUGAUUUGCUUUUUCUCCAUCUGGUCUAUUUUGGGCCUCUCAGGCUUCCACACCUACUUAGUAGCCUCCAAUCUCACCACGAAUGAAGACAUCAAGGGGUCGUGGUCGGGUAAGCGGGGAGCGGAGGAGUCCGGAAACCCCUACACUUACAGCAACAUCAUCACCAACUGCUGUGCUACGUUAUGCGGCCCAAUGCCUCCCAGCCUGAUUGAUCGAAGAGGGUUCCUCCCUCCCGACGAGGCGGUCCCGGCCGCCGCGGCCUCAGAGAUGGAGCUGCCUCCCUUCACGCCCAAGAGCGAUGCGAACAUGGAGGAGAACUGUCAGGAAUUUUCUUUGUCCUGCACAGCCUGAAGGUAAACAGUGCUGCAGGUAGACAGUCGAUGGUAAGAGUAGGGCGUCGAUGUCGAGCCAACCCCAACAUCUCAUCACUUUCCAUUUUCUGCGUCAGCUCCUCUGUACCGCUUACAUUCUGCUCUACUAACUAUGCCAGAUGCAGCCUGUGCAGAUUUUGUGAUGGGUGUCUGAUGAUGGUGUGGAUCACUCAUGGUUGUGGGUUUGCAUGCUUCAUCACAGCCAAUCACGUUUGCCGUCAUUAACGUUUGCUCGCUCACUCGCCUCACUCACUCGCUGCAGGAUCAACCUUGCUCUUACGGCUGAUGAUCUAGCACAAACCACGUCUCUAGCAAUGUUUUCUAAAAGGCAACAAAACUUAAAUCUGUAUGCACAUGUAGUUUGAAUCUUACCUCGUAAGGAGCAUUUAUUUAUUUAGCUGCUUCACUAAUCAGCUUGAUUACUUUUUUUCCCCCCAAUAUAUGAACAAAGACAACAAAACACAUCGAUCGAUCCGAGAUGUGCUCAGAUCUGUUUUCUGUCCUGCUUAUGUAGCUUUUUCUCUUCCAGAGCACAGAUGUAGGUCACUUCUUUUCAUGGAUCCUGUUGAGUUUUGAACUGAAGGUUUCAGCUUCCAGUACAUCUUUGUAAUUAAAAUAUAUAUAUAUAUAUCUUCACUCCAAUGGAUAUUAUCACUUUAUUCAUAAGAUUUCUUUAGAAUAAUAAUAAUAAUAAUAAUAAUAACUCUUAAAUUUGAUAAUCUUAACUUUAAUUAUCUCAAACUUUUGAAUGUGAAUUCUUAAAAAUACUGCUCCACCUCAGUAAAUUAGAAAUCAUAGAUUGGUUUAUUUACUUUGGUAAUUAAUCUUUAAAAAAUCUGCCUCAGAUAUGGAUUUAUUACUAAUUAUGAUUGUUGCUUACAGCCAACGGAAACCCUAAAUAUUAGUCAUUAAAACAUUACAUCACAUAGGACCGAUAAAAUGACUAAUCAAUUUUUGAUGUAGAAAUGUUAUGUUCACAGUCCCAAUGAACGUUGAUGUUUUGAUAGUCGUCUAGCACACGUUGACACCCUCCGCUAGGGGCGUAAGUGACAAAAUGUCAUUCAGGAAGAAGUCGGCUGUUCACAGAGCUCUGCAUCAAAGCAUAGUAAUGGGAAGUUAAGUGGAAGGAAAACGUUUGGUAGAAAAAUCUGCACAAGCAAAUCUCACUAAAGAGUUUGAUGUAGUUCAGGGAGACACUGAAGAUGAUCUGUAGGAUUUUUAUGCUAAAUUUUAAACGUGGGUUUUCAUCAGCUUUAAGUCAUGAUCAUCCAUCAGAAAAAAAGUAUUUAAAAAUAUAACUGUACUACGAAUUCGUAUCUAUAUAUAACUUAGUUUCACUUUUUGAAUUUAAUUACUGAAAUAAAUUAAGUUUGGUUUAAUUUACUGAGAGGCAUCAAUGAAUUAAACUAAUUUAUUGUGUGUUUUUCUUACACUAUUCACUACAAGCUCAAAAGUUUCACUGUCUUCUGAUCACCACCACUAAACCUCAUUUCAAAAAUGUUUCAGAAAUAGUGCUACUUGUUACACAGUAUGUUCCGUCCUUCUCUUCCAGAGAUAUUUCGGAGGCCUAACAUUAAAUUUGCCUAAAGCCUCUUCAAGACAUUGGUCGGAAGAAACCGAAACUAAAAUAGUUUCUUUGUAUUUCCGCCUAAGUCCAGCAGAAACACAAAGUAACUGUUCAAAUAGUUACAUUGACACUAAUUUAAGAUAAAGAUUUCUGCAG